CACACAGCAAAAAUGUCUGCCUAAGGGAAACUAACUGGUACAAAUACAGCAUAUUCCCUCUGCUGUUGCAGUUUAAAGGCACAUUUUACGCGUUUAGAGGCAUUCCGCCAGAAGGCAAGUCUUCACCAGAUCACCCUAGUUGGAAUUUUACCCGGAAAAAAGGUCUCAAGCUCGCCAGGAUGAACCCUCAGCAGCGGAUUGCCGCUCUUGGAACUGACAAGGAGUUAAGCGACCUGCUGGAUUUUAGUGCAAUGUUUUCUCCACCUGUCAACAGAGGGAAGAACAGGCCAACAACACUUGGUAGCAGCAAGUUUAGUGCAGCAGGUUUGGAUGAGCGGACCAACCAAGCAUCUUGGGCCCCAGGUGGCGAGUCGAGUCCUUCGUACGAGCCCUCCCGGGCUUUCACAGACAACCCUCAUUAUGGCGAUCAUUUGAGUGACAGUCGAUUAGUGUGCCAUGAAGGAUUGUCCCCAACACCUUUUAUGAACUCCAACAUAAUGGGAAAAUCAGAGAGGGCUUCAUUUCUUGGUUUUGGGAGGGAUCCUGGAGCGUCAGGGUGCCAGUCGUCUGUUCGCUCGGACACAGGACUGGCAAGUCCUAGUUCAGGGACAACGUCGACAAAGUCACCAGCUCCGUUUUAUUCAUUCAGCGCAGCCAAUCCCAGAAGACGCUCUUUACAGGAUCCUUUGCCUGUUGAUCCUCUACAAACAAAAAAGGUUCGCAAGGUCCCUCCUGGCUUGCCUUCAUCUGUGUACGCGCCAUCUCCAAACUCAGAGGACUUUAACAGAGAUUCGCCCUCCUACUCUUCUCCUAAGCCCUCAAGCAGUAUGUUUGCCAGCACUUUCUUUGAUGGUACCCACAGUUCAUCUGACCCAUGGAACUCCACCAAUGGGAUUAGUCAGCCCGGCUAUGGAGGAAUGCUUACAGGCUCUUCGUCUCACAUGCCACAGUCGGGAAACUACAGCAGCCUGCACUCACAUGACCGUCUGAACUACCCAGCACACUCCAUUUCCCCAGACGUCAAUGCCAGUCUUCCUCCCAUGUCCAGCUUCCAUAGAAGCAACACAACCACUUCACCAUUCGUCUCUGCAACACACACCCCGACGGUCAACAACGUAGACGGGGUCAUGGCUGCUGCAAAUCGGGGGAAUGCCACUGGAAGCUCGCAGACUGGAGACGCACUUGGCAAGGCUUUGGCCUCGAUUUACUCACCUGACCACACGAGCAGUAGUUUUCCCUCUAACCCUUCGACACCUGUGGGUUCUCCUUCACCUCUCACAGCCACAGCAGGCGCUGGCUCAACAGGGACUGUGGUGACGGCUUCCGGCAAUGCGUCUGGAAGGCCAGGUACCAACCAGUGGCCUCGUGCUAGUGGACAGACCCCAUCUUCUCCAAAUUAUGAGAAUUCGCUUCACUCACUGUCUCGAAUGGAAGAUCGCCUGGACCGUUUAGAUGAUGCAAUCCUUGUUCUGAGGAACCAUGCAGUGGGCUCCACUGCGAGUUUACCUAGCGACAUCCACAGUUUGCUAGGACAAGCACAAAAUGGGCCAAUCUCAGCCAUUGGAACAAGCUUUCCUGCCUCUGCGUUGGCUGCAAGUCGAACAGCCGCCAUGAGUUCUUCUCAUGCUGACAACGUUGCUGGUCUGAACAGCCAUGGAAGCCUGCAAAGUGGUGACUCCACAUCCAACACGGAACUCAACCAUCAAGUGGAAACUUUCAGAGGUCUGAUGUUCACCAACAGUUUUUUUUUAACUCAUUUUAUGGCUGAUAGGUGUCUUACUUUACUUUACACUUUCGUAGGUUUGGCUGGACAGGUGGCCGCCGCAUUGGAACUGAAGUUGGAGAAGCAUGACAGGGAUGAAAUGAAUGAUUCCCUUUCGGGCGACGAUAAGUCAGACGAAGAGAGCGACAGACGAGACCUAAAAACACCUCGGGGUAGCACGCGCACAAGUAUCACGGAGGACGAAGACCUCAAUCCGGAGCAGAAGGCAGAGCGGGAAAGAGAGAGGAGGAUGGCCAACAACGCCCGGGAACGCUUGCGGGUUCGAGACAUCAACGAAGCCUUCAAGGAGCUAGGUCGCAUGUGCCAGUUGCACCUGAAGAGCGAGAAGCCUCAGACAAAGCUGCUCAUCCUCCAUCAGGCCGUGGCUGUCAUCCUUAGCUUGGAGCAACAAGUCAGAGAGCGGAAUCUGAACCCCAAAGCUGCCUGCCUUAAGAGAAGAGAGGAGGGAAAAGUGUCUGGCGGCUCCAGUGAAAGCCAGCAAGGUCACACGGGUGUCCACCCAGGUUUGACUGACGCAUCCAACCCCAUGGGCCACCUUUGAGGCGUUGACAGAUCAAAGACAUCCCAAACAUUUAGUCCCGUCUGUGCGAUGGCGACCUGGCCUCCCAGUGACAAGGGGUGGGGAUUGGGGGGGCUCACGCUCUGUUAUGCCACUUUGGAGGAUGACAGACCACCUGAAGCGAAACCACAAGACUAACACAAUCCAGUCCCGUGACUGACCAGGAGCCCAGCGGUCCAUGUGCAAAUUACUCCCCUAAAACCCAGCACAUAUCACACAUAUCUGCACGGAGCGUGUUGCUUCUGAACAAUCAGAGACUUUGCAAUCUCCUCCGACUCCAUGUUGAAGUUGUCCCGUGCCUAAACUCCAUUGACGAAUGCAUUGUAAUAGAAACCUUUUUUUCCUUUCUAUUUAUUAUGUUAAUGAGCUCAACAUGUAUGUCUCAAGGGGAAUUGUAUACCGUUUCAAAGAGAUAUGAGCUUUUCAGAUGACCUGUGAGUUUGACAGUGUCAUUUUUAACCAACAAAACCCUGGUAAGUCUACGGUGAAAUGAGGGGGGAAAUUAAUUUAUGGCCUUUUUCAAGGCAUGUUUGUACAAAAUAAGAAAUGAGCAAAAUACUAAAGCCCCUCCCUCCAAAAAGAGAGGAUCUAUUUAUUUUUAUAUUUUCUGCAUUUUUACACCUCACACAAGUUUGUUUGUUUAGUUGAGAUCAGGUUGCGUGUGCAAACUCUAGUUUCACUGAAAGCUGCCAUUUAAUCAUCAAACAUUAGAGAAUAUUUCCAUAAGGGGGGAAAACUACACAUCAUAUCUUAGCAUUCCCUGUAUAGUCAUCCCUUGCCACAUCGUGCGUCUCCACAUUGCAGAUUUUUUUUAAGCAUAUUCUAAAAAGGAUUCGUCCUAAAUUAAACAUUUUCAAGCAUAAAAAACAUAUUAAUUAACUAAAAAUAUCAAUAUUACAGUAUUAUUGGCCACCAGAUCAGACCAAACCAAUCGGAGCAUGCAGUUCAGUAUUGUGGCCACUUAUUGGCUCAUUCUCAGGCAGCAUUUCUAUAUUGGAUUAAAAGGGUGUAAAGGUAACAAAAGUGUGGUAUUUCAUGUCGGAGGUCGUAAGCAGUUGUUUUGCUCAAGUUAUGAAAAUAUUUGAUUUAUAAUAAAUGAUUCUUACUUAUAGGCUCCAGCUUACCAGCGGCCCUAAUGAGGAUAAGCGGUAAAGAAAAUGGAUGGAUGGAUGGAUUAUUCCUACUUAGCAGAAAUUAAUUUAUCACAGUCAUGUACAGAACCAAUUAACGGUGAUGAACGAGGGAGGGCUGUUUAUGUCUACCCUAGUGCUUAGGUCUUCAACAGGGGUCUGGGACUCCUAGGGGUUCCGCGAAAGUACUGCAAGGGUGUCUUGAAAUUUUAGUUUGAUCAUUACAUUUUUUCCACAAAUUUAAAUGUCUUUAAAUACAUUUUAACAUUGAUUAAGUAACAAACACAUUAAACAACACAUAAACUAUUUCGAGCAGGUUUAUUCACCUGUCCCUCCAACAAGGAGGACCCGCACCAAUCACUGCUGUGCCAAUCACAAGGCUCUGUCAGGUGCUUCGCAACUGGCUGAGAGCCCAAUGUCAGCAGCUAGUUGAAAUGUUUGGAACGGAAAAACAGAUCAUUUUGUAACACGACCAAAAAACACAAGCAAAGAGGAGAACUAAGCCUAUAAAACGAAACCAUUGUAUACAAGAUAUACACAUAAAGUGUCCCUUCAAUCUCUCUGUCAGUUUGGGGAUCCUUGGCCUGGAAAACGUUGAAGACCCCUGUUUUAGUGUCACAGCAAGAAAAGGGCAUGUUAUUGCCGUAGUGUUCAUGUAAGCAGUGACAAAUUGAUGUUGUCGGUUCUGAUAUUGACCCAGUUUAUUGUUGUUUUUUUUUAUCUGCCAUCAAUUUACCGGACAAGCUUAAAAAAACAAACGACGACGACCACUUUUUCUCCUGGCCUGAUUAUCGCUUUGUCUGAUGACUUCAAAAAGCACGUCUACAUUUGUUUGGUUGGUUGUAAACAAGUCACUUCAUGCAGCUUCUAUGUGACUUAUAUUUUGCUACAGUAUACUCUAUAUCAGGGGUCGGGAACCUUUUUGGCUGAGAGAGCCAUAAAAAGCCAAAUAUUUUAAAAUGUAUUUCUGUGAGAGCCAUAUCAUAUUUUUUUAACACUGAAUACCACUAAAUGCAUGCAUUUUUAAGUAAGACCAACAUUUUUAGAGUAUAAUAAGUAUAUUAUUCUUUUUAAUAACGUUGUUAUUCUGAAGCUAAACAAUAAUAAACAAAAUACUUUUUACCAAUAAUGCGACGUGUUGAACCGGUAGAAAAACAGAUGGAUGGAAUAAAAUGCAUGAGAAUGUUUUUUAUUUUGAACGUUAUUUUUAACAGUGUGAUUAUCAGCGGGAUUACUCAUUAAUUAUCGUGUUAAGCAAUGUCAGCUAAGAUUUAUCUGAGAGCCAGAUGCAGUCAUCAAAAGAGCCACAUCUGGCUCGAGAGCCAUAGGUUCCCUACCCCUACUCUAUAUCAAUAAGCCAGGCUCCUUUCAUAAAGUUUGCUGGUCAUUUUUUUUCAUUGUAAGCACAAUAAUGAACAAAAUAAGUUUUUUGUCUUUUGGUUAUAGCUUUCUUUUGUUUUUCUUUGUAUACGUGUGCUUGUGUAAUCUUUCUUUUGGUCUUAAGACUUUGUUUUAAAUUCCAUUUAGUUUGUGUGUUUUAUGUAGCUGUCACAUACAUCCUAAACAAGGCUGCCACAUUCACAAUGGAGAAUGUUCUGUGCAAAAAAAGGGACUUGAUUUUGAAUCAAAGACGCCACAGCAAAAGUUUACAUUUGGAAUCUAUUUGUGUUUUGUGUGUCCACUCUCUGAAUGUGGCCUUGUUGUACAUUACAGUAUUCACAUGUGUGUAUUCAACUUUAUGGAUAUACAUGCUUCAUUUCUUCUUAUUUCUUUACCAAGUUAGACUUUGCUGUUUUCCAACGUACGUUCCCUUGUAUAAUAUAUAGAAAAGGGAAAAUCAAAACGAGGAAAGAAAAAAAAAACAUUUGGCUUAUUUUUCAAUGUAGUGUAGUCUUUUAUACAAUAAUACCGUAAGAAUAUUUCUAGAACUCUAAACAUUACUCUUUAUAGAUUUUUUUAAACAGAAGUUUUGAGUAAAAAGUUUCUUACUUUAUUUUACUAUAUUAGAUAGUAAAAUGUACAGUUACUUACCAUAACCUCUUUGUUAUUACCGACCGGUUAAAAAGAAAGGCUUCGAUACGAGCCAACUAUCCAUUUACACGUCUCUUAGUUGUUGAUUGAGAACCAUUUUGUGUUAAACUCCAAGGUGUUGCUAAUGCACAUCACAAAAAAAUGCGGCAAUGAGAAUUUGAAUUUUCUGUCUUUUUCAACAGAAAAAACAUGUAUAUAACAUUUAUGUUGCAAUAAAUGUGCCAUCUUUUUUAAA